CUGAAGAAGGCUCGCCUCUCGCCGAGUCCUGCAUCGUUGUUCUAACAAAUUACAUCCUUGCUCACUUAUCCCCCUUCCCGCCAUGGUCGCGCGCCUCGAGCUAGCGGUGGAUGCCCAGGAGCUCGCCAACGAGCAGCGUGCACUCCUCGACUUGAUCGACAAGCUGCAGUUCGCCCAACUGGACAAUGUCAAGCUGCCGCAGAUUGUCGUGGUGGGUGAUCAGAGCGCCGGGAAGAGCUCCGUGCUCGAGGCCAUCACUGGCACCCCGUUUCCACGAGAUGCCGGCGCCUGUACGAGGUUCGCUACCGAGAUCCGCCUCCGGAGGGCGCCCCAGCAGAGCGUCACCGUCUCCGUGAUUCCGGACAAGAACCGCAGCUUUCCCGAGCAGGAGAGGCUGAGACAGUUUGGCGGAACCGUUCGUGCCGAGAUGCCCUUUGAGCAGUUGAUGAGGAGCGCCGUCGACCUCAUUGCCCCCAAGGACGUGCCGGGCCGCUUUGCCGCCCGCGAUAUCCUCGUCGUCGAGAAGCGGGGCCCGGAUAUGCCGCUCCUGACUCUUGUUGACCUGCCCGGGUUGGUCCGAAACGCAAACAACGACCAGUCCCUCGAAGACAUCAGGACCAUCGAGGCGCUCUCGGACCGCUACAUGAAGAGUUCCCGGACCAUCAUCUUGGCCGUGGUAGGGGGGAAUUCUGACUACGUCCAGGCGCCGAUUCUCACCAAGGCCCGUCAAUUCGACCCGGACGGGCACAGAACGAUUGGCGUCUUGACGAAGCCGGACCUGACCGAGUCCAUUGGUUUGGAGGAUAAAUUCAUCGAUCUGGUGCAAAACAAGGACAAGCGCAACGACUUCAAGCUCGGCUGGUACGUUCUGCUAAACCCGGGACCCCGCGAACCGGGCCAGCUCUGGCCGACGGCCGAGGAGCGCCGACGAGCCGAGGCCGUCUUUUUCAACAGCGGGAAAUGGAGCUCGAUCCCGCCGUCCAACUGUGGCGCCAUCGCGCUUAUGCGGCAGCUCAGCCUCCAGUUGCAGCGGCAUAUCGGCAGACACGUCCACGUCCUUCGCAAGCAGAUUCAGAAAGCGCUCGAUGACUGCGAGGCCGAACUCAAGUCUCUCGGGGACGCCAAAGAUACGCCGGAGGAGAUGCGGACCGAGUUGGUCGAGCUCUUCUCGGCAUCCAAGGAGCUGGUGAUCCCCGCCGUCUACGGCUUCUACAAGAAUCCUCCCAAGAAGAAUUUCUUUCGCGUAACCGCAGACCCGAGAGGCACCCCGGCUCAGAACCUACGGGCCCGCGCUGCGGAGGAGAACGACCGCUUCGCGAUGGGGGUACGGGCCCACGGCCGCAAGCUCGCCUUCUCUAGCGACUCUUCCCCUGAUAGCAGCGCCAAGCGCGAGUUCGUCAAGCAGGAAGUCGAGUUGCUGCUGCGACAGAUCCGCGGCUCAGAGUUUCCCAUGGAUCCAAAGCCGAGGGCCGUCUACAUGCUCUUCCAGAACUACUCGGAGAACUGGCCCAAACUAGCCCAGGAGCACAAGGACAACUUGGCCGUCGUCUGCGACGAGUUCCUGGGCGAGUUGGUCGACUACGCCUGGCCGAAGCGCAUGCGGGCACCGCUCCGCCGGCAUUUUCUGGAGCCUCGCAUGAAGGAACUCAUGGCGAAGGCUCAGCACGAGCUGGACCUCCUGACCCAGGACAUGAGCCUCGAGGUCCAAUCGUACGACCCCGAGUACGAAGAACGGUUGAGGAACUGGCACCUCAUGACGACGCAGGACGGCGCCACCUUCUCUGAGGCCGAGGAGGUGCUCGAGAAGAUGCUGAUAUACUAUGACCUGGCCGCCAAGACCUUCAUCAGGAACACCAUUACUCAGGUCAUCGAACGCCAUCUCCUCCAGGGCAUGUACAGCAUCUUCAACUCGGUCGAGGUGCUGGGUCUGAGUACCGACGUGGUCGAGGCCAUCGCGGCGGAAAAUAAAGAGACCAGGGAUAGGAGGCAGACGCUCAGGGUACAAAGGAAGGCCAUUCAAGAGGCCAAAGAGAUCUGUGCUGGCAUUGCCAUGCGAAAAGAACUGAGAAGAUACGCCGAAGGUGGUGAGAGCGAUGGCGCGAGCACUUCCGAUGAGGAAGGAUCCACGGCAGAGGAGAAGCCAUCUCCCGCAAGGCAUCGCCCGAGCCCGUCCGCCACGCGACGUCCGUCCCGGCGACACAGGCCCUCGGGCGGGGAGAUCCACAGCACCGGCACCACCUCGACGCGCGGGCUCGACGCCGCUAGCGGCCACCACCGACACCAGCACUCCCACGAGCAGACUCCGACCCACGCCUAUUACCCCACGCCCAGCCCCGACCGCCACCGUCGCGUGGUGGAUGAUGACACGUACAUUACCGCACCACGCCCUCCGCAGCAGGCGCCGCCGCCACCGCCGCCACCGCCACCUCGUCCAGGUAAAGUGCGGCCGGAAGAGGAUCAGCAGCAGCAGCAGCAGCAGCAGCAGCAGCCCCAAGCCUUCUACUGCUCGCCGGCCCCUGGCCGGGCCCCGGCGAAUCCCAGAACGAGCCAGCCGCUUGCUUCUUCGUCUUCUUCGUUUGCCGCAGGAACGGUGCCGGCGCCCGAGCCGCGCUAUGCGAGCAACGGACCUUAUUCCAGCAACAACCCGUACGCCCCGGCGGAGACGGCCGAGUUCGAAGCGGCGCGGAGGCAGGCGAAGAAGGUUUCUGGGAGAGCCUAACUGGGACUCGAAGUUUGCAUUUAUUCUCGGCGUUGCUAUGGAAUAGAUUAGUCUUCACGAAAGUGAGAAUCCUAGGGGAUAAUUAAUUAUGGGGUUCUUCCUUUGAGUUGUUUCUAUUUUGACGGCGUAAGUUGGUUUACGCGAGUUAAUAAGCACUGGAUGGCAGCUGCUCUGCGGCGCUCGCUGUACCAGCUCUCAUACAUGAGAGGAUCGGGCUACUACCCUUUUCCCAAUAAAACAUACGCGGUUACUGAAACAUCCAGCUGGGUAACUCUGCUAGAGUGGUCGGGAUUGAAAAGGGGUGGUGGGGGGGUUCGUAGAUGCGUCCAAUGCCGACGCCUAAUUAAUUAAUUACCAACAACUACGGAG